AUGACACUAUCGAAUACAAUCACAAAGAAAAUCGAUAUGUGGUCAAACUACCUUUCAAAUACGAUGCAACACAAUAACGUGUUCCACGGCGUCAACAAUGUUGCCGAAGGGAAGUCGUUCUUCGCCGACUCCAAAGAAUUGUUCCGCCAAGCAGGCAUGAACUUGAGAGAAUACGCCAGCAAUUCUUCAGAACUAAACAAGCUUUUUGAAGAAGAAGAAGGUAGAAGUAUGGCGCAAACACAAAAACUUCUCGGCCUCCGAUGGAACACUCUUACCGAUGAGCUGUUUAUCAGCCUCCCACGAAAACCACCAGAGCAAACCAAAUGGACGAAACGGAAGGUGCUGAAAGAAGUAGCCAGCAUCUAUGACCCGCUGGGUAUACUCUCACCAGUCACUCUCAUUGGAAAACUCUUUCUUCAGUCACUGUGGAAUAUGAAUCAAGAUGGGAACGACCCCUCCCAACUGCAACAACAUAGCAUUAACACUUGGUCCGAUCACACAUUGAACCUCAACCGCCUCAUCGUUGAAACAGGGCCAACCACGACAUCAGAUUUCGAUCUUCAUGUAUUUACAGAUGCGUCCGCAAACGCGUAUUGCGCAGUGGCAUACCUAGUUCAACGCCGUCAAAGUUCUCCUCACAAAGUUUCGAUCUUGAUGGCAAAGUCGAGGCUGGCUCCACUUCAUCAAUCUAUAACCAUACCCCGCCUAGAGUUGUCGGCUCUCACUAUCGGUUCUAAACUGCUUACGUUUCUCUCUACGCAGCUAGACCUGGAGUUGCGUCGAAAGUUUCUGUGGACCGACAGCACUGUUGCCCUUAGGUGGACAAACACUGAUAAAACAGUGCCCAGUUCGUUCGUAACCGAGUAA